CGUACAUCUCGCUCGCACGCUAGUGUUCCACAUUUGAACUGCUUCUCUAUUUCGGACACGUAGUUGUCGUCCCGCUAUUUGAUAUUGUGACAUGAGUUUCAUGGAAUUAAUUUGGCACACCGAAACUGGAACAUUAUUUUGGAGCACAAUGACAGCAUAAAGCAAUAAGAUGUACCAAGCUGGAUGGCUGAUGUUGGCAAUCGCCGCUGCCCUCGCGCUGCAGUCGCGAGGUGAAGGGGGCAUCAGACUGCCUGACCAGCCUCCGAAGGAGGAGAAUGAAGGUCGGGCUCUGUUUGGCUCGGAUGACCACAGCAGAUCGCCUCAAUCACAAGGUCGUGGUCUCCUCGACUGGAUCGGCCUCGGCGAAGAUCAAGACCCAUACAUCCAGCAAUCCACGCAGCAGUGCAUCAACGGAGACCUUGCUGACUGCUUUAAAGCCCAGGCAUUGCGAAGUUUUGACGACUUUUUCGAUAAACAAGCGUACCAGCUAUCACAAAAUGCAGUCCUGGUAAAAGUGGAUUCUCAGGCAAGGGCACUCUCCCAUGAACCCCCGGAAUUGGCGUCGCAGCCUCGCAGCGAGGAUUCCGACUGGGACGCUUUAGUCAAAUACGGAAUGAGAAAAAUUGAAAGAUUUUUGCGUUCGACAGCCCUGGAGAUGCAUUUGGAUGACGAGGUGACAUCGCGUGGAAUCAUUGCCCCCAGGUUUAUCGAUGAAAUUGCUGAUGAAGUCGACAUCAUUGAAGAUAAGAAAGCGUCGCCAUUCCGUCGUCACAAGUUAAAGAAAUUGAUAAUCCCCAUGCUGCUGAUCCUGAAGCUGUUCAAGCUGAAGCUGCUACUUUUCCUGCCCCUCAUACUUGGACUCGCCAGCUUUAAGAAGUUCCUCGGAUUUAUGGCUUUGAUUGUACCAGGAGUAAUCGGUUACUUCAAGUUCUGCAAGCCGAAUCUGACGUCACCGUUUGCGUCCAAUCACUACUCUGGCCCACAGUAUAGUCCUGCUGGCAUUGGUUUGGGACCUUACAGGGAACAUCCUCCACAACAUUAUGGAGGACAGCAUUAUGAGAGCUAUCCGGGUGGUCACAAAUACGGCUCGGGAGGCGUUGCGUUCAGAGACCACGACCACUCGCCUCAGGACUUGGCGUACCAAGGAUGGGAGUACAGAAACAAAAAAGGAGGAGAGGAAAUUAAGGCCGGAGAUGGAGAAGCCUAAAGACUGACUUUUAAGUUUUAUUUUAUUUAACAUUUAACUAUAUUUUUUAUGAAUGAACCAUCGACAUAUCGCUUAUCUACCGAAAAAAAAACAUUGUUACGAAGGGUAGCGAUCCAUGUAUGAAAUUGGACAGCUUUUAUUUGUACAAAAAAGAGAAAACACGGUACAUAAAUAUAUGUAUAAACGCUUUAACAAAGCAACUUAACGAAUUUUCUGUACAUUACGUAUUAGGUGAUUUUAAAAUUGCAUUAUGAAGACGAAUUAAUACAAAUGGAACACAUCCAUAGAACAUGUACCUUCAACACAUAUAUAAUAUGAAUUUCCUAUACCCUUAACUAUGCAUGACUAAGGAAUAUGAGAUCUAUAGCUAAAAAGUGAGGUCGUAAUCCGGAUCUAGAGAACAUGUACGUAAUAGAGUCGUUACGUCGUAUGGUACAUGUAAACAACCAUUAUGUUACGUCCUUGUUCACUGCGCCGACGUUUGUAUGCGAUAAUGCUGGCUGUUACGUCUCAUGUUGCUCAAAACAAAGUAAAUGAUAAUAUUCAAGUUUACUAAGCACUUUUGGAAAAUGUUAAACACGUUUUAGCGAAACAUGAUUACUACAAAUUCCGCUGGCCCAGCCACCCAUAGCCAUCGAAACGACGUCAACGCCGUUGUCUUCGGUCCUGUAGUGUCUCGCGCCAAUCUUUGGCUUGAAGUUCGCUCAGGACCCAAUUUCUGCUAAUUUUCUUGACAACAUUGGCCAUUCCACUGAGACUCAACUGAAAUUAUAUUGCAAUUAUGACAAUAUUUGUUGUUCUGCUAAAAUAUAGUUGCAAUGGCAGUUGAGUCUCAAUAAAGUAUCAGUGGAAUGACAGUGAUAGCAUUCAUCCUGCUGCCAACUUUGCGAUGGCUCUGUCCACCUUGGAUUCAAUUGACAACCGUGUCAGGAGGCUUAUAGUAACUCGGAAUUAGUGGAGGCGAAGCUGCAGAGCCUUGAACACCACCGUAAAUUUGGCUGCCUAUCGGUAUUUUACAGGAUAUA